AAAUUUGAGGAAUCUAAUAUGUAUUAACUAUGUUUGACCUGGUUGUUCCUCUAAGUUGUCUUACGUCGCCUUCUAUUCUGUGUCCAUGAUUUCGGCUACAAAUGUCAACAAACGUGGAGAAGAAAAAUGUAAUAUCCAGAUCAGCUUACGCAGCUGCAAUAGAUAUUUUUAAGUAAAAAUUUACUAUUCAUACUAGUCCUGUGGAGAGGAUUGUUAUGGGAACACCAACCAGAGUCCAGAACACGAAUAAAGAAAGAAAGAAAGCAGAAUCAAUAGUUAUAAUAUAUUGAAUACAAUACAUGACUUAGAGAGAGGUAGAAGCAGAGACAGAAUGGGGUCAAGGCAGGAAUCAGAGGAAAGUGUUUCAUCAGAAGCAGUAAGUGGUAAAGGAACGUGGAAGCACGCAGCUUUCCAUGUUGCCACCACUAUAGCCACCCCUGCUGCUUAUGCUCCUUUGCCCUUCGCUCUUGCUUCUCUUGGUUGGCCUCUUGGUGUGAGUUGUCUGGUGAGUGCUACACUAGCCACCUGGUACUCUAGCGUUUUGAUCGCUUCGUUGUGGAAAUGGAACGGGGAGAAGCACCUUACUUAUAGACAUCUUGCACAUAGUAUUUUUGGAUUCUGGGGGUACUGGUCUAUUGCCUUUUUUCAGCAGGUAGCUUCUCUGGGAAAUAACAUUGCCAUCCAAAUUGCAGCUGGCAGCAGCCUUAAGGCAGUUUACAAGCACUAUCACGAGAAUGGAUCAUUGACCCUACAGCAUUUUAUUAUUUUCUUUGGAAUCUUUGAAUUGUUUCUCUCUCAGCUCCCGGAUAUUCACUCACUGAGAUGGGUAAAUGCGUUGUGUACUUUCAGCACAAUAGGCUUUGCUGGUACAACGAUUGGUGUUAUCAUUUACAAUGGGAAGAAGAUAGAUAGGACAUCAGUAAGUUACAGUUUGCAGGGUAGUUCUGCUUCUAAGACCUUCAAAGCCUUCAAUGCCCUUGGGACCAUUGCCUUUUCAUUCGGUGAUGCAAUGCUUCCAGAAAUACAGAAUACAGUGAGAGAACCUGCAAAGAAAAAUAUGUACAAAAGCAUAUCAGCAGCAUAUACUGUCAUUGUUUUGACUUACUGGCAAUUGGCCUUUUCUGGAUACUGGGCUUUUGGAUCACAAGUCCAACCUUAUAUCUUAACUUCAUUGUCUAUUCCAGAAUGGACUGUUGUUAUGGCAAAUCUCUUUGCAGCUAUUCAAAUAUCUGGAUGCUUUCAGAUAUACUGCAGACCAACAUAUGCCUAUUUCGAGGAAAGAAUGGUGUCCAAGUCCAACAAAUCUACUAGUCAUUUUCCACUCAGAAAUCGCCUGGCACGACUUAUUUUUACUUCCAUAUACAUGGUUCUUGUAACUCUUGUUGCUGCAGCUAUGCCCUUUUUUGGAGAUUUUGUGUCCAUUUGUGGGGCAAUUGGGUUUACUCCUUUGGACUUUGUGUUCCCCGCUUUAGCAUACCUUAAGGCUGGAAGAACAGCCAGUAACUUCAAACUUGGCCUUUUGAUGCGACCACUCAAUAUUUUGAUAGCUACCUGGUUUUCAAUCGUUGCUAUCUUGGGUUGCAUUGGUGCAGUCAGAUUCAUAGUGGAAGAUAUCAAGAACUACAAGUUCUUCCAUGAUAUGUGACAGAAUUUUGGACUACCCAAAAAAUUCUUCUUCACUUUUUUUCUUUGGGUAAUUUGCAUUAUCCUACAAUUUUUUUCUCCAAGUCAACUAAAAGUUAUGCAUUUUAUACCCUCAUAGUUUAAGUAUAUAGGUCAUAUGCAAGAUCCCGCUUGAAAGAUUCAGAAACAUCACGGUUGCUGAUAAUUUCAUUAAGGUAUGAUGAGUAGGUCAUAUAUACUCAUAUGCCACACAUGUGAUAAUUUUCUUUAACAAAAAUGCACCAACAUGAUAUACUGUGUUUUCUGGUGCUUUUUUUA